AUGGGAAAAGUUGGCGCUGGCGGCGGCUCCCCAGCCCGGCUCCGCGCGCUCCUCGCCGGCGCGGGGCUCUUGGUCCUCUUAGCCUCCGGCGUCCGCAGCGGCGGCUCCUGCUGCCCACCGCGGCCCCCUAGCUCGACCUCCCGCUGGACUCAGAACCCUGGAGGCUUUCCUCACCGGGGACCUGGACACCGGGCUUCUGCCACGCCCCUGCCCUUCCCUGCACGCCCCCUGUUUGCCCUGGCUCCGGGGGACCGAGUGCUGUCCCUGGAGCGGGCCGGGGGCACUGGGACGCCCGCGGUGGCUGCCGCACGCUCGGGCCGUAGGAGAAGAAGCGCAGCGGAUCCCGAAAGGGCAGAAAGAGGAGAGGGCGCGAGUAGGAGCCCCCGGGGAGAGCUGAGGGACCGAGGGCAGCCGGAGCCUGGGACUCCCGAGCGGGACUCGGACAAAGCCACCCGCUUCCGGAUGGAGGAGCUCAGACUGACCAGCACAACAUUUGCGCUCACUGGAGACUCGGCGCACAACCAGGCCAUGGUCCACUGGUCUGGCCACAACAGCAGUGUGAUUCUCAUUUUGACAAAGCUCUAUGACUACAACCUGGGGAGCAUCACGGAGAGCUCACUUUGGAGGUCAACCGAUUAUGGAACAACCUAUGAGAAGCUAAAUGACAAAGUGGGGUUGAAGACAAUUUUGAGCUAUCUCUAUGUGUGUCCGACGAAUAAGCGGAAGAUUAUGCUACUCACAGACCCAGAGAUUGAGAGCAGUUUGUUGAUCAGCUCAGAUGAAGGGGCCACCUAUCAAAAGUACCGGCUGAGCUUUUACAUCCAGAGUUUGCUUUUCCAUCCAAAGCAAGAAGAUUGGAUUCUGGCAUACAGUCAAGACCAAAAGCUGUACAGCUCGGCAGAAUUCGGGAGAAGAUGGCAGCUUAUCCAGGAAGGGGUGGUACCGAACAGGUUCUAUUGGUCUGUGAUGGGGUCGAGCAAGGAACCAGAUUUGGUGCACCUCGAGGCCAGAACUGUGGAUGGUCACUCACAGUACCUAACUUGCCGCAUGCAGAACUGCACCGAGGCCACCAGAAGUAAGCCUUUCCCAGGCUACAUUGACCCUGACUCUCUGAUUGUCCAGGAUGAUUACGUAUUUGUUCAGCUGACGUCAGGAGGGAGACCACAUUACUACGUGUCCUACCGAAGGAAUGCCUUUGCCCAGAUGAAGCUCCCAAAAUAUGCUUUGCCCAAGGACAUGCACGUCAUCAGCACAGAUGAGAACCAAGUGUUUGCAGCAGUCCAAGAAUGGAACCAGAAUGACACGUACAACCUCUAUAUCUCAGACACUCGUGGCGUCUACUUCACUUUGGCCUUGGAGAAUGUUCAGAGCAGCAGAGGCCCUGAAGGCAACGUCAUGAUUGACCUCUAUGAGGUAGCAGGGAUAAAGGGGAUGUUCUUGGCUAACAAGAAGAUUGACAACCAAGUGAAGACUUUCAUCACAUACAACAAAGGCAGAGACUGGCGCUUGCUACAGGCACCAGACUCUGAUCUAAGAGGGGACCCCGUGCACUGUUUGCUGCCCUACUGCUCACUGCACCUUCACCUGAAGGUCUCUGAGAACCCCUAUACUUCAGGGAUCAUCGCCAGCAGAGACUCAGCCCCGAGUAUUAUAGUUGCUUCAGGUAAUAUAGGUUCUGAGUUGUCUGACAACGACAUUAGCAUGUUUGUCUCUUCAGAUGCUGGCAACACUUGGAGGCAGAUAUUUGAAGAAGAGCACAGUGUUUUGUACCUUGAUCAAGGCGGAGUCCUGGUUGCUAUGAAACAUACAUCUCUCCCAAUUCGACAUCUUUGGCUGAGUUUUGAUGAAGGGAGAUCAUGGAGCAAAUACAGCUUCACAUCUAUUCCACUUUUUGUGGACGGGGUUCUGGGUGAGCCAGGAGAAGAGACCCUAAUCAUGACAGUGUUCGGACACUUCAGCCACCGCUCUGAAUGGCAGCUCGUCAAAGUGGACUAUAAGUCCAUUUUUGAUCGGCGGUGUGCGGAGGAGGACUACAGACCUUGGCAGUUACACAGCCAGGGGGAAGCAUGUAUCAUGGGAGCCAAAAGGAUAUAUAAGAAGCGAAAAUCUGAACGGAAGUGUAUGCAAGGAAAGUAUGCGGGAGCAAUGGAAUCUGAACCCUGCGUAUGCACAGAGGCCGAUUUUGACUGCGACUAUGGCUAUGAGAGACACAGCAAUGGACAAUGCCUGCCAGCUUUUUGGUUCAAUCCAUCUUCACUGUCAAAAGACUGUAGCCUGGGACAGAGCUACCUCAACAGUACCGGGUAUAGGAAAGUGGUCUCCAAUAACUGCACUGAUGGAGUGAGAGAACAGUACACUGCCAAGCCACAGAAGUGUCCAGGGAAGGCCCCUCGUGGGCUCCGGAUCGUCACAGCAGAUGGAAAGCUCACAGCAGAACAAGGGCACAACGUUACUCUCAUGGUGCAGCUGGAAGAGGGCGAUGUGCAGCGGACACUUAUCCAAGUGGACUUUGGCGAUGGAAUCGCAGUGUCUUAUGUCAACCUCAGCUCCAUGGAGGAUGGGAUCAAACACGUCUACCAGAAUGUGGGCAUUUUCCGAGUGACCGUGCAGGUGGACAACAGUCUGGGGUCUGACAGCGCCGUCCUGUACUUACAUGUAACUUGUCCCCUGGAGCAUGUGCACCUGUCUCUUCCUUUUGUCACAACAAAGAACAAAGAGGUCAAUGCAACUGCAGUGCUGUGGCCCAGUCAAGUGGGCACGCUCACUUACGUGUGGUGGUAUGGAAACAACACGGAGCCCUUGAUCACUUUGGAAGGGAGCAUAUCAUUCAAGUUUACGUCAGAAGGAAUGAAUACCAUCACAGUACAGGUCUCGGCGGGGAAUGCCAUCUUGCAAGACACAAAGACGAUUGCAGUGUACGAGGAAUUCCGAUCUCUUCGCUUGUCCUUUUCUGCAAACCUGGAUGACUACAACCCUGACAUCCCUGAGUGGAGGAGAGACAUCAGCCGAGUCAUCAAAAAGUCUUUGGUAGAAGCCACUGGGGUUCCCAACCAGCAUAUCCUGGUGGCAGUUCUGCCUGGCUUACCUACAGCUGCAGAGCUCUUUGUUUUGCCAUAUCAAGAUCCAACAGGAGAAAACAAAAGAUCACCUGAGGAUCUGGAGCAGAUAUCCGAAAUACUCAUCCACAAGCUCAACCAAAACUCGGUGCACUUUGAGCUGAAGCCUGGGGUGCAAGUGCUUGUCCAUGCAGCUCACUUAACAGCAGCCCCACUGGUGGACCUCACCCCAGCUCACAGUGGAUCCGCCAUGCUGAUGCUACUCUCUGUGGUGUUUGUGGGGCUGGCUGUGUUCGUCAUCUACAAGUUUAAAAGGAAGAUUCCGGGGAUUAAUGUUUAUGCCCAGAUGCAGAAUGAGAAAGAACAAGAGAUGAUCAGUCCAGUCAGUCCCACUGAAAGCAGGCCCAGUAUCCCUCACACUGAACUCAGGAGGCCUGGCCAGCUUAUAGAUGAGAAGGUGGAGUCACAGCUCAUAGAAGAAAUUUUCCAGAAACAUAGACAAACCCAUGGAGCCACCAUUGCUGAUCCGUUUCUCUCCUUGGGUCCUCCUGUCUGUGACCUCAGGAGUUGAAGUUAUAGAUGUUCACAUCUAGGACCUGCAUUGCUGUAGAUGUUCACAUCUAGGACCUGCAUUGCUGACUGCGGUGGAUGAUUACAUAACUGCUCAUGCAUAUCAUAACACCAGAUCAUGCAGAAGGCUUUCUUACAGGAUGUUAAGUCUGUUGUUUGGUGGGGGAGGUGGGGAUGGAGUGGAGGAAGGAGUUAUGUAAAUGGAAGAAUGCUCUUCUUAAGUGGGUAUGGAAAAGGCAUGGGUUGUGUUAAGGGGGAGUCUAACUGCAGUGACUAGGUCCUGACAGAGGCAAUGCCAGCUGCAGCCAUGUCUGUCCAAUUGUCACAGUGUAUGUUCUUUCAUCCAGGUAGACAGGGUGAUAUAUGCUGUGGGUUACAAUGGAAAGAGGCUUUUCUGUCUUCAUGCCCAGAGAAGCAUGCACUCUGUUUACUUCUAAAGCAUCUAGCAUUCUUUCAGUGGGUGGUCAUUGGUUCUGGGUCCCACUUCUCCAGGGCAUGCAGUAUGAUGGUUGUCCACCCCACCUGCACUGAGAACAUCUCCCAGCCCAGUGCAGUGUCGGACACCUUUCUAUUUGCAAUGUCAUUAAAUGAGUAAGUGUUACACGUUUUCUCUUAGGAGAGUAGCUUUACCCUCCCCUCCCUCCCCUUCUACUCAACCUGGUGACUCAUCUCUUCGAUUGCAAAGACCAAGACACUCCACUCCACCAUCAACGCCAAAGCGGGGAUCUGCUGGGGCACAAUUUGCAAUUUAAAGAAAAC